AUGCGGGUGGACAUAGAGGGGCAGAGCGCCGAGCUGGCGGUCUUCAUGGCCCAGGUUCGGCAGGGAAUAGAGAAUCAGCCGAGCUACGUCGACGUCACGGUUGCAACGGACCCGCUCGCGAGACACGUCCACGUCGCGGUGUCAACGGACUCGUUGCUGACUCAUGCUCACGCGGCGGUUGCAACUGACCUGCUCCCGAGACACGCCCACGUUGCGGUUUCAACUGACUCUCUGCUUACUCUCGUUCACGCUGGAGUGGCAACGGACCCACCGCCAUGCCAUUCCCACGUCGCGGUGGCAACAGCUCCACUGCAAGUGCACGUUGCGGUCGCCACUGAUCCGCUACCGAGCCGAGUUCACGUGGCAGUGGAAACCGAUCCGCCGCCUCGCAACGCUCACGUGGCGGCUUGUCAACAUUUGGGCAAUGAAUACUCUUGCAACUGUUCUGACGGCUACAUUUGGAGCAAUGAAUUCUGCUACAAUUUCAAGUGCUGCAGUGAAAGUACAUGCACACACGUCAAGCAGAUAACCAGACUUGUCUGCAUCACCAAGGUCCAAGUUUACCUCAGAGGAACUUCAACACUGAACAAAAACACAUGGGAUUCAGACAAAAUUGAACUGCUCGAAACUGCCUUUCGAAGACUAAAUGGUUUUAAACACCUGAACAUUACCAGCCUGAGGCUAUGCAACCGUACUUUGGACUUUGUGGUGGAGCUUAGCAUCAAAUUUGAAACACUUCGACUUCAUGGCAUUGUGUCGGCAUUGGAAGUCAGUCUUGGAGCUGUUUUUACUAUCGACUCUGUAGGCAUGGUCACCAUAGAGUCGAUGGAACAUUCCGUACCUCACAUGUCUGAGUCAAUGCUGAAAUGCACUUUAGAGGAGGCCUCAAGCAGGUCGGGCUGGAAAAUCAAAAGGAUGGAUAAGUGGCUUGAGCUCAAUAAUGACAGUGUGGUGACACUAGACACUAGCUGUACCACAGAAGAAUACAAAUCUUGCACCACUAUGACACUUCAUAAUUUAACAAGCCAUUGGAUGGGCACUUACGAAUGUGAAUUCAUGAGUGAGUCAAUCAGGCAUACAGCAACGACAGAGCUAAGAUUGGCACCCCUGCCUGAGUAUAUCUUCAUGACCGCCAAACCUGAUACGGUGGACUGCUCGAAUGGGACUGAAAAUGUUACUGUGGACAUAACUGCCACUAUCGACAACAACAGUGACAAAUAUGAAGUCUGGUGGAGCUACAAUGGUGGAAAUGAAUUGGAAACUGCUGCGCAUUCAUCAGGCUACAAUUUCAAAGCUGUAAUCAGCUGCACGAGAACAAUUGAAGCACAUUAUGUGAAUGUCACCUUUAAAAACAACAAGGAUCAAGAAAAAAGUGGAGGACUGGACAUUCGAGUAAUUUACGAUGGUGACAGAUUCUGCAAAGAAGAUGUUUUGUGGCCAAAGACCUCAGACGGAGACACUGUGAUAAAGCAGACAUGUCCAGAAGGCAGGAUUGGCUUUGAGUCACGCACUUGCACAGGAAACCAAUGGCAGCCAGUGUUCUCCAAAUGUGUCAGCCCCCAGUUGUUUAACCUUUCAAGAGCAGCAGAGAACUUCGCCAAAGGACAAGAGACAACUCCAGAAGCGGCUGUGGCUAUUUUUAAAGGUCUUCGGAACAAUUCCAUUUGGGAUUCAAACUCAAGUGGCAGAAUGGCUGAUCUUAAUGUGUCUAUACACAUUCUUGAGUUGAUGGCAAAUGCAUCAGAAAGCAAUACCCUGCAAAAUAAUGUAUUACCGGACUUCAUAUAUGCAGCAAGUAAUAUCUUGGACCAAACCUGGGAUGGAGACAACGACACCUCUGUUAUACAUAACAUGUCAACAAUUUUUCUUAGAUCUGUGGAAGGUUUGGUGAAAAACAUCCAAAUGAACCAUGAGCAAGAGCUAAUCACUCACAAUUUAGCUCUCAACAUUUGCCCAGAUGGUAACUGUGAAGUGACAAUAUUCAAUACCACGAUAAGUAUGAACAAAACCUCCGGAUUAUCAAAAAUACUUGGUGUGAAAAAUAUGACAGAAAAAUUACCAAACAACUUCUUCAAUAUGGUGCCAUCUUCAAUUUUAAUAUCUGCAUUACUGGAAAACAAGGAAGAGUCAUUCCUGGAAAUUAGUAUGGAAUUCAUCAAGGAGCAUCAGAAGUCUGAAAAAUCUUUGUGUGUGUUCUGGAACAGCACAGUGGGGUGGUCAAAUGAAGGAUGCACUGUAAAAAGUGACACUAGUAACAGCACCCGCUGCGUGUGCGACCACUUGACCGCAUUCUCUGCUCUCUGGUUUAAGAAUGACAAAUCUCCACCAACCCUUUCCACACUUACAACGAUAGGUCUGAGUGUGUCCAUUUGCUCUUUGAUGAUCUUUCUUAUCAGUCAGUUUCUGAUGAGGUCGGCAGUGGUCAAAACAAAUGUUUCAUAUUUUUAUCACAUAGUUAUGGUGAAUAUUGCCCUAUUCCUCUUGCUCGCCCACUGCAGUUUCUUGGUUUCCUCAUUAAUUAAUCUCUCAAAACAUCCCCCAUGGUGUAUCAUUGUGACUGUCUGCAAGCAUCUCUUUUUCUUGACCACAUUUUGCUGGAUGCUGUGUUUGAGCUUUGUGCUGGUUCACCAUCUGAUCUUUGUCUUCAUUCCACUGCGAAAAAAGGUUUUCACGUUUCUCUGCACCGUGGUCGGAUAUGCCUGCCCAGUGCUCAUUGUGGGAUUCACCUACAUGUAUUGCAAAUAUAGCAACCAGGAUUACUAUGAUGAAAACUGUUGGCUAGUUUUUAAAAAACCCUUUCAGGGUUCCUUGUGUUCUUUCCUCCUCCCAGUUGGAACCAUUACUUUCACAAAUCUCUGUUGUGUGGUGAUUGUCAUUGUCACGCUGAUGAAGACUCCAGGCCCUGAUGGCAGCACUGCAGAUCACAAGGAGACAGCCAAAAGUAUACUCAAAGUGGUUUUCUAUAUGACGCCGUUGUUUGGACUAACAUGGACAACUGGAUUCCUUUUGUACAUGGUGGACCGCAAAACAGUACAUUUUACUGUUGUGGACUACAGUUUUUGCAUCCUCAAUUCCUUUCAGGGAGUUUUCAUUUUGCUGUCGGGCUGUUUUGCGGAUCAGAAUGUUCGAGGGGAACUGUUAAAGCUCCUAAAGGUGUAUUUAAAAAGAAGAAGAAAUGAGAACGUUAAAACAUCUACCACAUGCAUGAAAAACAAAUGA